AGGGGAGAGGGGCGGACCCUAGGCGGUUGCUAGCGGCGGAGCCUGAGAGCGUCUGCAAGAAGCCCGCCCCGCCUUCUCCGUCGCAGUAGUGAACUAGGCUAGUCCGCGGGGCAGUCAGUUAGGCAGUCCGGUAGGCAGGCGGGCUGACAGAUCGGCAAGCGGGCGCGCGAUCCGGUCGCCGCAUCCCCCGGCCUUCUCUUCCCCCUCCCUCUGAGUUUCUCUCGCGCACGCGUCACAGUCCCCUGGGUAUCUUCCGCCCUCCUCCCGCUCCUCCGCCUCUCGCUGCGCUCUCUUUUCCCCCGGCCUCGAGCACACCUACCUCUCACCAUGUGCGGUAUAUUUGCAUACCUGAACUACCACGUUCCAAGGACAAGGAGAGAGAUCUUAGAGACCCUCAUCAAGGGACUUCAGAGAUUGGAGUAUAGAGGAUAUGAUUCUGCUGGAGUGGGAGUUGAUGGAGGCAAUGACAAAGACUGGGAAGCCAACGCCUGCAAAAUCCAGCUUAUUAAAAAGAAAGGGAAAGUUAAGGCACUGGAUGAAGAAGUUAACAAACAACAGGAUAUGGACUUGGAUAUAGAGUUUGAUGUCCAUCUUGGAAUAGCUCAUACCCGUUGGGCCACUCAUGGGGAACCUAAUCCAGUUAAUAGCCAUCCACAGCGCUCUGAUAAAAACAAUGAAUUUAUUGUAAUUCACAAUGGGAUCAUCACUAACUACAAAGAUUUGAGAAAAUUUCUGGAAAGCAAAGGUUAUGAUUUUGAAUCUGAAACAGACACAGAGUCAAUUGCUAAACUUGUUAAAUACAUGUAUGACAACCGAGAAAGUGAUGAUAUCAGUUUCACAACACUGGUGGAGAGAGUAAUCCAACAACUGGAAGGUGCCUUUGCACUAGUGUUUAAAAGUGUGCAUUAUCCUGGACAAGCAGUAGGUACAAGGCGAGGAAGCCCCCUCCUGAUUGGAGUACGAAGUGAGCAUAAACUGUCCACAGACCAUAUUCCGAUACUGUAUAGAACAGCUAGGGUUCAGAUUGGAUCAACCCUCACACAAUGGGGAUCACAGGGAAAAAGAGCUGUACAAACUAUGGAUCAUUCUAUUGAUGUAAUAGCCAUAAAACAGGAAAAAGGCAAAGACAAGAAAGGAAGUUGUAGCCUCUCUCGUGUGGACAGCACUACUUGCCUUUUUCCUGUUGAAGAAAAAGCUGUUGAAUAUUACUUUGCUUCUGAUGCAAGUGCUGUCAUAGAACACACCAACCGUGUGAUCUUUCUUGAAGAUGAUGAUGUGGCAGCUGUGGUGGAUGGUCGUCUUUCUAUUCACCGAAUUAAACGUACAGCAGGAGAUCACCCUGGUCGAGCUGUACAGACACUGCAGAUGGAACUACAGCAGAUCAUGAAGGGCAACUUCAGUUCAUUUAUGCAGAAGGAAAUUUUUGAGCAACCGGAAUCUGUUGUUAACACAAUGAGAGGAAGAGUCAACUUCGAUGAUUAUACUGUAAAUUUGGGAGGUUUAAAAGAUCACAUCAAAGAAAUCCAGAGAUGUCGACGUUUGAUCCUUAUUGCAUGUGGAACAAGUUAUCACGCUGGAGUUGCAACUCGUCAAGUACUUGAGGAGUUGACAGAAUUACCUGUUAUGGUGGAACUUGCCAGUGACUUUCUGGAUAGGAAUACUCCUGUUUUUCGAGAUGAUGUUUGCUUUUUCAUCAGUCAGUCAGGAGAGACAGCAGAUACAUUAAUGGGUCUUAGGUACUGUAAAGAGAGAGGAGCCUUAACAGUAGGAAUUACAAAUACUGUUGGCAGUUCCAUAUCACGAGAGACAGAUUGUGGAGUUCAUAUUAAUGCGGGUCCAGAGAUUGGUGUGGCCAGCACAAAGGCUUAUACAAGCCUUGUAUCUUUGGUGAUGUUUGCCCUUAUGAUGUGUGAUGAUAGAAUUUCAAUGCAAGAAAGACGCAAAGAAAUAGCUGGUUUGAAGGGGUUGCCUGAUUUGAUAAAGGAAGUGCUGAGCAUGGAUGAUGAAAUUCAGAAACUGGCCAUAGAACUUUAUCACCAGAAAUCAGUAUUGAUUAUGGGACGUGGAUAUCACUAUGCUACGUGCCUGGAAGGAGCCCUAAAAAUCAAAGAAAUCACUUAUAUGCAUUCAGAAGGUAUCUUAGCUGGUGAAUUAAAGCAUGGCCCUUUGGCUUUGGUAGAUAAAUUAAUGCCUGUCAUCAUGAUCAUCAUGAGAGACAAUACAUAUGCUAAGUGCCAGAAUGCUCUACAACAAGUUGUUGCUCGACAGGGACGACCUGUAGUUAUAUGUGACAAAGAAGACACCGAGACCAUCAAGAACACUAAGAGGACAAUCAAGGUUCCCCAUUCAGUGGACUGCCUGCAAGGCAUUCUCAGUGUUAUUCCUUUGCAACUACUGGCUUUCCACCUUGCUGUUCUGAGAGGAUAUGAUGUUGAUUUCCCAAGAAAUCUGGCCAGAUCUGUUACUGUGGAAAUAAAGGUAUAUCUGAAAUAGUGGAGAAGAGAACAGUGCAAGAAACUUUUUUGUAUCAAAUAACUUGAUUUUAAAAAUCAUCCCCUUCUAGCCUUAUUUCAUUAAAUCUAGAUUUAUCAACUAUUAUUAGUUUUUCCACUUAAUUAGUGGGGGUUUUUUUUGGUGAAAAUUAUUUUAUAUUUUUCCAACAUGUAUUUUUUGUUGGUUUUGAAUAAUGAAAUCUCUGUCAGGAAGAGGUCUUAAACUACCAUUUUUCUUUAAAGAUUGUUAUGGUUUAAGUUUUGGGCCUAUGAUAGAGGGGUUUUAUUUUAUAAGUAGUAAGUUUUUCCUGUGCCAUGCUUUAUUCAGUCAGACAAAUGAUAUAGUGCAUUUUAUUGAAUUAUCCAAAGCCAGUGUUGAUAUGUGCCAAUACCUGGAAACUACAUUCAGACUUUCCUUAAAUGAGAUAUAAAGAUGCAUAGCUUUGAUGUAUUUUUGAAACUUGUUUUGUUUUAAUUUCUAAAACUUGCAAACUGGAAAUUUUUGUUGACUAUAAAUUUUUAUUAGUAUUUAACCCUUUAACUUCCCAAAAAUGUUGCCUAUUGUAAAUCUAUAGGUAGUAAGAGAAUUUAGGAGGAAAUUAUUUAUUAGGACAUCAGUUUUUCUAACUCAAACAGAACACAUUUGAAUAAUUCAAAUAACUUGUAGAACUUUUCAUAGUGCAGCUCUAAAAUCUCAGCUGCUUUUGUUGGUUAACCUAUAGAAAAUCUAGAAUACAGUGGUAUUUUCAUUGAAAUUCAAUACAAACAUACUGAGGAUGUUCUUCCUUUGUCUAUCCGACUAAAUAGAGCUGUUUUAAAUUUUUGUGGUACUAAUGUCUUGUAUUCAUGGCAAUUGAAUUACUUAUUUAACUUGCUCUUGAAAACACAGACUAGGGAUGCUAUAAAAUGCUUUCAAACCUUAUCAAUACUGGUGUGUCUAAUUUGGAGCCUCUUAACCACAAGAGCAUGAAACUUCCACCAAUACUAACAUCUUUUGCUAGCCCUUUGAAGAGUCUCAUGCAAUAACAGCUACACUUGAGUGCUUAGUUAUAUCAAACUCUUAUAGUUCCUUGGUGCCAGUUUGUCAGCUCAUGGGUAAAGAGGGACUGUGGUUCCUUUAAUUAUGAUUUGACAUCAUCUGGAAGUACACUUGAGGAGGCUUGACUCAACAAAGCUGUACACAUUUAUGUUUACAUAUGUAAAGAAUUUGUUUACAUUGCCUCAUAUUCAUUAUUUCUUGGACUUUGUGUUUUCUGUAUCUGUUUCCCAGGAGAUAAAUUUAUAAUGAAGGAGAUAUAGAUAAUUUUACAGUGUCUUCAACUGCUUCAAUGCCAGAAAUGGAAACUGCUGAAAAAUUCAUUUCAAUUUCACCAAACAUUUUUAGCAUUUAUUUUGCACCAGAAAGACCUUGUAUUAAAUGUUGGGGGGUCACAGUUUAAAAAAUGAAAGCCCUUGUUCAAGGGAACUUAAAAUCUAGUGGGGUGGGUGGAAAUUGAAUAGGGCUAAAGGCUGAACUAGUGAAUUCAUUGGUUUCAACCUCCCCCCCCCCCCCAAAAAAAAAGGAUGCUUAUUCUGCCUAUGUAGGUUGGCACUUUUUUCUGCACCUUAGAGGCUUUGCUUUCUUUUUUUUUUUAAUUUAAAAAUUUUUUUAUGUUUAGAAUUUUAUUUUCCAAAUUACAUGUAAAAACAAAUUUUGACAUCAAUUGUUUUAAAACUUUGUG